UUGGCUUCCAAACAACCCACAUUUACCUCACACCCUUCUUCUCUCUUUGUCCCUAAACUACACAAAGUAGAAGCCAAACACAAAACAACAAAGUAUUGAUGGAGAGUGACACAAACACCACAUUUUCUCACUCCUCAAAUACUACCCCUUCUUCCCCUCCCCAACAAGUUCAAGUUGUCAUGAUCCCUUGUGCUGCUUGCAAGAUUCUGAGGCGAAGAUGUGCUGAGAAAUGUGUCUUGGCACCUUAUUUCCCUCCCACUGAACCUGCCAAGUUUACCACUGCACACCGAGUCUUCGGUGCCAGCAACAUCAUCAAGUUCUUGCAGGAACUUCCAGAGUCUCAAAGAGCUGAUGCAGUGGCCAGCAUGGUUUAUGAGGCUGGUGCAAGAAUAAGAGACCCAGUGUACGGAUGUGCAGGUGCAAUUUGCCACCUCCAAAAGCAAGUCAAUGAACUUCAAGCACAGUUAGCAAAGGCACAAGCUGAGGUUGUAAACAUGCAAUUCCAACAAGCGAAUCUCGUGGCUCUAAUUUGCAUGGAAAUGGCACAAACACAAACUCCACAGGAAUCACCACAACAAUCUGUGGACAACUUCAUUUCAAGCCCUUCACACAGCAGCGGCUAUCAAAACAAUCUCAAUUUCUUUGAGGAGAACACCAAUAACCUAAACUCUUUGUGGGAGCCUCUUUGGACAUGAUGAAGAACCAGACUUAUACAAGACACUUCAUAAGUGUUAGUUCCCAUGACAAUCUCCUAAGGAGAAGUUGAAGGAAUCAAGUAGAACUAAUAAUAAAUUAUAAAAGUAUAACUUUGGUAGCUAGAUUCAUGUAGUUAAGUUAACUGCCUCUCCAUGAGGAAGAUUUUGGAGAAAAUAAUGUUAUUCUGGAUCUAGUCUCUUUGCACAAGGUUGGCAAAUUAAGUAAUGCUCCAAAAUUAUCAUUUAAAUGUUAGAUAGUUUUCUGAAGCAUGUAAUCGUUGCAAUAUUGAAGAAAACAGGGGAAAUGUUAUGUUUCAGUAUGUUUCUAAGCACUGAUAUUUUCAAUCUAAAACAGCUUUUUGGUCA